CCAUUAAUGUGACGUCCCCGCGUCGUAAACAAAACAACACUUCGUGUUGCGACAUCUUCAUUUGUUUGUUUGCCGUUUGCUGCUUUCACGUUGGCUUUGAGGGAUUUCCACCCCGCAAUUCUCGCGACGGACAAGUUCCGGCACCUUGUCUCAGCUCAUGUGAGCUCACUUUAUUAAUUGUCGCAGCUCUCUUGAGCGCACUGUCUUUCUUUCUUUCUUAUAGCUGCUCACUUGAGCUUAGCUUCAGACAAGCCGGUGGCGAGUGAAGCGUCGAGACAUGGCCCAGCGCAGAGGAGUCAUCAGCCUGCAGUUCAACCAGGACCACAGUUGUUUCUGCUGCUCCAUGGAGUCGGGCGUGCGCAUUUACAACGUGGAGCCGUUGAUGGAGAAAGGCCACCUUGAUCACGAGCAGGUGGGCAGCGUGGCGUCGUGCUCCAUGCUGCAUCGCUCCAACCUGCUGGCUGUGGUUGGAGGCGGAAUCAGUCCCAAGUUCUCCGAGAUAUCUGUGCUGAUCUGGGACGACGCGCGUGAGUGUCGGGACGCCAAAGACAAGCUGGUGCUGGAGUUCACCUUCACUAAGCCGGUGCUGGCGGUCCGAAUGCGACACGACAAGAUCGUCAUGGUGUUGAAGAACAGGAUCUACGUGUACAGCUUUCCCGACACACCGCUCAAGCUCUUUGAAUUUGACACGCGCGACAACCCCAAAGGUCUGUGCGACUUGUGUCCGAGUCUGGACAAGCAGCUGCUGGUCUUCCCGGGACACAAAUGUGGAAGUCUGCAACUGGUGGAUCUGUCCAACACCAAACCGGGGACGUCGUCGGCGCCGUUCACCAUCAACGCGCACCAGAGCGAGAUCGCCUGCGUGGCGCUCAACCAGCCGGGAAGCGUGGUCGCCUCGGCCUCUCGCAAGGGGACGCUCAUACGGCUCUUUGACACCAACAGCCGCGACAAACUGGUGGAGCUGCGGCGAGGCACCGACCCCGCCACCCUCUACUGCCUCAACUUCAGUCACGAUUCGUCGUUCUUGUGCGCGUCCAGCGACAAGGGGACGGUCCACAUCUUCGCCCUGAAAGACACCAAACUCAACCGCCGCUCCGCGUUGGCACGUGUGGGCAAGGUGGGCCCCGUGAUCGGUCAGUACGUGGAUAGCCAGUGGUCGCUGGCCAGCUUCACCGUGCCCGCCGAGUGUGCCUGCAUCUGCGCCUUCGGGAAGAACACGUCCAAGAACGUCAACUCCGUCAUCGCCAUCUGCGUGGACGGCACCUUCCACAAGUACGUCUUCACGCCCGACGGAAACUGCAACCGCGAAGCCUUCGACGUCUACUUGGACAUUUGCGAUGACGAUGACUUUUGAAAAUGACCGCAAAAUGACGGAGCGAGAGAGAAAAGGAUGCGAAGAGACGUCGAAGGAACGGCAGGACUCUGUACUCGGUCGUCAUGGCAACAGGUGGACCGAGGUGUCAUGCGUGUGACUGAUUUGUGAGAGACAUUUCAACCACUUAGCGUAUCAGUCACAGCGCCCCCGUGAUUGGAUUUGAAGUGAACAAAGAAAGGAAAUAGUUCCAAUCGAACAAAAU